AUGAAGUUCAUUUACACGUCCCUCUUCUGUGUCUUGGUUUCGGCUGCGCCGAUGACCGAGAGUAAACGCCAACUUACUGGCGCUGGAGGUUUGCCAACUGAGGUGUUGGGAGAUGUGAUCAACGACCUCCCUGGAGCGACAAGCCUCCUUGGUGGUAACAGUGGUGGUCUGCUUGGUGGUUUGAAGGCGCGAGAUGAAAAUGGAAAGGUUGCAAAACGCCAACUCGGGGAUAUAACUCAACUUCUUCAGAGCCUUCCUCAACUUCUUCAGAGCCUUCUUGGGAGUUUACUGAGUGGUGGUGGCGGCAGUCCUCCUGGCGGUAUCAGUCCUCCUGGUGGUAUCAGUCCUCCUGGUGGUAUCAGUCCUCCUGGUGGUAUCAGUCCUCCUGGUGGUAUCAGUCCUCCUGGUGGUAUCAGUCCUCCUGGUGGUAUCAGUCCUCCUGGUGGUAUCAGUCCUCCUGGUGGUAUUGAUCCCCCUGGUGGUGGUAAUGGCACUGGUGGCUAG